AUGGCUUCCAAUACCGGCGGAAGCAGCAGCGGCAGUCCCAGCGAGACCCGCCAGAACCUUCCGCACCACCGCGCCCUUUCCCCGCACCAGCGCCCGCAUCCGCCGCCGCGGCCGUCGUACCCGCCUGACCCGCGCGCGUUCGAUUUCUCCUUCGCCCUCAACAACCCCGACUUCAGCGACCGCUGCCUCUCCCUCGAGAUUGCCGCGGAUGAGCUUGAGAGCGCGCAGGAGCAGGCGGAAGGAUAUGAGCAGGGACACGAGCAGGGGAAAGCGCCACAGCCCCAGCACGAGCACGAGCACGAGCGCGAGCGCGAGCGCGAGUGCGGAGAAGAAUUUUGGAAGGGUGAAGAAGAGCGGUUGGGGAGUAACGGAAUGGCGUCUGCAGAUCUCGCUGCUGCAGCAGCUGGCUUGGACGGCUCAGAUUUAAACACGAUCGACGACGCGACUGAAACACCAGCAGCCUCUGCUGCUGGCGCUGACAGAAACAACGGAGGUGCAGCAGCAGCUGGUGCGGAUUUCAUUAGCAACAGAAGCAUCAGCAGCAGCAAGUACAGCAGCAGCAGCAGCAGCAGCAGCAGUGGGUGUGCAGAGCAGCGGGUGCAGGUGCACUGCGAGUCAACUCAUAAGCCCCGGCGAGUGCAGGUGCACGUGAUAUCAGCCAUCCUCGUGUCUCAGUCCGACUUCUUCAAAUCGCUCUUCUCACCGCAGUGGCGCCCCCCUCCUCCUCGUCCGCAGUUUACCGACUCCUCGUCUCCAUUGUUCGAGUCUGAGUGUGUAAAGCCGCCUCCAGUCACCAUACGACUCGCACCCGAAGAGGAGCGUCCAUUCAUGCAUCUGCUGCACUAUCUGUACACGGGGCGCCUGGGCUCCGAUGAUCCCGAGGCCGUGCUGCACCUGCUGCUGCUCGCCAACAAGUUUUCCGUCCUAUCCUGUGUGGACGUGUGCGCGCACCACCUGAGGGAGGUGCCUCUGACGCUUGACAUCGCCUGCACGCUCCUCCGGGUCUGCUCCAACGUUGCUCUCUCUGACGCUGCCUCCUUCCUGCUCGCCUCGUCCUCCGCCUUCCUAGUGCAGCACUUCACCUCUCUCGACGCCACCUGGCAGACGCCCGACUUCCUCUCUCUACCUCUCGAGGCCCUGCAAGCCCUGCUGGGGAGCGACGAUGUGGGAGUGCAGGCAGAGGAGACAGUGCUUGAAGCUUCCCUGCACUGGGUGCGCCAUCACUGGCCUGACGACCUUCCCAGAAGAAAGGAGAUGCCGGGAAGGCUAGCAGGCAGCAUUCGCUUCCCAGCAAUGGCAACAUCCGCUCUGCAUGCUCUCACCACCACCACACCAGAAGCUGACACCCCCACCCUCCACGCCCUCGUCACAGAGGCCCUCUGGUUCAAGUGCUCCUCGUUUGAGCGGCAGCAGCAACUCAUUCUAGACUCGCUGCAACCACCACAACAUCAACAUCGCCAGCAGCCGCCCAUUCUGGACUCGAUUCAGCAGCAGCACAGGCGGUACCAGCGCCGUCGCCAGCUGUCCGUCUGUAGCGAGGUGCUGCUGCAGGAUUGUUACAUGCUACAGCCGGGGCAGGCGAUAAUGCUGGCAGGAGGAACAUGGCUGCACGGCAAGCUCUUCUCACUCAAGGUCAUGCGGGUGGCGGCACCUGUUGGGGGGUCAGACUGUGGCCUCUUCCUCCAAGCUUCCCAGAGGAGCCCCUCGCACGACAGGGUGUUGGACGACAGUGUGACCAUCGAGUUCACCUUUCUCGUGAAAGAUCACCCCUCAGGGCAGUUCGUGCAGCAGAAGCAGACCGCAUCCCACACCUUCAAGGGUCUGUUUCGGGAGCGCGGUUACCGCAGCCUGCUGAACCCGUGGAGCGAGGUUGUGAGGGACAACGGGAACUGGGGGAGGGGUUGGCGCCUUUUGACUGAGGGUGGUGGUGAGAGGGGAGUUGGGGAGCGCGGUUACCGCAGCCUGCUGAACUCGUGGAGUGAGGUGGUGAGGGACAACAGCAGGCGCGCACUUGGACCAGGCGCGCACUUGGACCAGGCGCGCACUUGGACCAGGCGCGCACGUGGACCAGGCGCGCACUUGGACCAGGCGCGCUCUUGGACCAGGAGCGCACUUGGACCAGGCGCGCUCUUGGACCAGGUGCGUACUUGGACCAGGCGCGCUCUUGGACCAGGCGCGCUCUUGGACCAGGCGCGCUCUUGGACCACGCGCGCUCUUGGACCAGGCGCGCUCUUGGACCAGGCGCGCUCUUGGACCAGGCGCGCUCUUGGACCAGGCGCGCUCUUGGACCAGGCGCGCUCUUGGACCAGGCGCGCUCUUGGACCAGGCGCGCUCUUGGACCAGGCGCGCUCUUGGACCAGGCGCGCUCUUGGACCAGGCGCGCUCUUGGACCAGGCGCGCUCUUGGACCAGGCGCGCUCUUGGACCAGGCGCGCUCUUGGACCAGGCGCGCUCUUGGACCAGGCGCCCUCUUGGACCAGGCGCGCUCUUGGACCAGGCGCGCUCUUGGACCAGGCGCGCUCUUGGACCAGGCGCGCUCUUGGACCAGGCGCGCUCUUGGACCAGGCGCGCUCUUGGACCAGGCGCGCUCUUGGACCAGGCGCGCUCUUGGACCAAGCGCGCUCUUGGACCAGGCGCGCUCUUGGACCAGGCGCGCUCUUGGACCAGGCGCGCGCGCUCUGUCGGACUUCUCUCUGCUCCUGCUUGUAGUCCUCUCGAGCCAGGCGCGCGCGCUCGAGCCAGGCGCGCGCGCACGGGCCAGAUGCGCACGCUCGGGCCAGGCGCGCACGUGGACCAGGCGCGCACGUGGACCAGGCGCGCACGUGGACCAGGCGCGCACGUGGACCAGGCGCACACGUGGACCAGGCGCACACGUGGACCAGGCGCGCGCGCUAGAGCCUGGCGCGCGCGCUCGGGCCAGGCGCUCGCGCUCGGGCCAGGCACACGCGCUCGAGCCAGAUGCGCGCGCUCGGGCCAGGCGCGCGCGCAGGCCAGGCGCGCGCGCGGGCCAGGCGCGCGCGUGGGCCAGGCGCGCGCUCGGGCCAGGCGCGCGCGCUCAGGCCAGGCGCGCGAGCUCGGGCCACGCGCGCGCGCUCAGGCCACGCGCGAGCUCGGGCCACACGCGCGCUCAGGCCAGGCGCGCGCGCGCGGGCCAGGCGCGCUCGCGCGAGCCAGGCGCGCGCGCUCGGGUCAGGCGCGCGCGCUCGGGCCAGGAGCGCGCUCGGGCCAGGCUCGUGCGCUCGGGCCAGCCGCGCGUGCUCGGGCCAGACGUGCGCGCUCAGGCCAGGCGCGCGUGCUCGGUCCAGGCGCGCGCGGGGGCUAG